AUGACGUUCCCGCUUCGGCACCAGCCAUACCCCACGAGAACCCUCGACGUCGGCGAGUCCAACCUGCUUCGACGCUUCACCAACACGCUCACUGCCGCCGCGCUCCACGACUACGACUGCUUCGUCAAAGACUGCCACGGAGACGUGACCAACGACACUCGAGACGCCUGGAAACUGGUCAAGCAUCGAGGCGGCUUGAACAUCUACCGCGACCACGCAGUCGACGCCACCUGCCACGACAAGAGCGUGGCCAUGGUCGAGGAGAACGGCAGAGUCUCCAGCUUCGAGCCGCCAGUUCCCGGCCAGAUUCAAGCUCUCCUCUGCACCGGGACCAUCUCCGGCACCCUGGACGACGUCAUGCACGGCGUCGUGAGCCCCACCGCAGAGGACGCGAUGCUCAAGAGCUCGUGCAUCGGAGACAACGUCGUCGACUGCUGCGUGCUGGCCUCCAUCCUCACGCCCACACCUCAAGACCCGUGGCGUAGCCUCACGCUCAAGUGGGCCGUGAACGCAGGCCCAGCCGCUGUCCGUCCUUUCGUCCGAGCUCGGGACUUCACGUACGUCAAGUCCACUGGCACGACGACAACCAUCGACGGAGAGCGAAAGAUGGAGGACCGCGAGCUCGUUCGCGGCAACGUCUCACUCUACCACGUCUACCGCCAGAAGAGCCCAAACACCGUCGAGGUGCACGUCCGCGCGUUCUGGCAGCUCAACGGCCGCAUGCACCCGGCCAUCCAGAGCUACUUGAGCGUCGAAGCGACGAUCUCCGUCGCCCGCAUCCGCAAGUGCUCGCAGAUGAAGAAGCUCGCGCAGCUCAGCGACAGCAGCCGUAGUCUGGACAGCGAGAUCGACCCGAGCUGUUGCAGUCUCUGCAGACGCUGGCUUGGGGGCUGCUUCACACUCGACAAGAGCUGCUCAGUCUGCCAGCGCGUCAUUUGCUGGCGUUGCGCAGACUCCAAGAAGCUGAGCGCGUAUUUCCCUCACAAGCGCCAAGUGGCCACGAAGCGGCAAACCGUUUGCUGUCGGUGUGUGCGCAAGGCGGACGAGAGCGUCGUCCUCCAGCUGCCGAAAGCUGCACAGCGUAGCAAGACGCUGUUUUCAUCGGCGCUGUCAACUGUCUCCACCUCGUCGCUCGAAAGUCGGGACUGGAACUGCAGCGAGCGCAGUCAAGUGCUGUCAUCAAGGCACUUGGACGCAGCGAGGGCGUGA